AUCGGGCCCUGUCACCUGGUACCUCGCCCCGCCCCUCCGACGGCCUGCCCUCCGGGCCUGCUUCUACAAUCGCGGCGGAGACACCAUGAUGUCACGACCCUCGUAGCCAAUCCGAGAGCCGCAUGGGGCACGGGGCCCAUAUACGCAUCCAUUGCCAGGGAGGAAGGGCCGCUGUUGCGCCUGCGCAGUCUUUGCCGCCGGCUCGCGGCGCGUGUAGCCCGCUGUGAGCCCCGCGAGUCCAUUCGGCUGCAAGUCCCCGCGGCGGCGGCGCUUGUGGACCAUGUCGUGGCUCUUCGGCAUCAAGGGUUCCAAAGGCGAAGGCACGGGGCCACCUCUGCCCCUGCCGCCCGUACAGCCCGGAGGCGAAGGCAGCGGGGACCGCGGCGCGGGGGACCGGCCGGGGCCCAAGGACAAAUGGAGCAACUUCGACCCGACGGGCCUGGAGCGCGCGGCAAAGGCGGCGCGAGAGCUGGAGCACUCGCGACACGCCAAAGAGGCGCUGAGUCUGGCUCAGAUGCAGGAGCAGACACUUCAGCUGGAGCAUCAGGCCAAGCUCAAGGAGUACGAGGCCGCAGUGGAGCAACUGAAGGGCGAUCAGAUCCGAGCGCAGGCUGAGGAGCGGAGGAAAACCCUGAGCGAGGAGACGCGGCAGCACCAGGCCAGGGCCCAGUACCAGGACAAGCUGGCCCGGCAGCGCUACGAGGACCAGCUAAAGCAGCAGCAACUUCUCAACGAGGAGAACUUACGGAAGCAAGAGGAAUCUGUGCAGAAGCAGGAGGCCCUGCGGCGAGCCACCGUGGAGCGGGAGAUGGAGUUGAGGCAUAAGAAUGAGAUGCUGAGGGUGGAGGCCGAGGCACGCGCCCGGGCCAAGGCCGAGCGUGAGAAUGCUGAUAUCAUCCGCGAGCAGAUCCGCCUGAAGGCCGCUGAGCACCGCCAGACCAUCCUAGAGUCCAUCAGGACAGCAGGCACCCUGUUUGGUGAAGGGUUCCGUGCCUUUGUGACAGACUGGGACAAAGUGACAGCCACGGUGGCCGGGCUGACGCUGCUGGCCGUUGGGAUCUAUUCUGCCAAGAACGCCACGUCCGUCGCAGGGCGGUAUUUUGAGGCCAGGCUGGGGAAGCCGUCCCUGGUGCGGGAGACGUCUCGCAUCACGGUGCUGGAGGCGCUGAGGCACCCCAUACAGGUCAGCAGGCGCCUUCUCAGUAAACCUCAGGAUGCGUUGGAGGGCGUCGUCCUCAGCCCCAGCCUGGAGGCUCGCGUGCGGGACAUUGCCAUCGCCACAAGGAACACCAAGAAGAACAAAAGCCUGUACCGAAAUGUCCUGAUGUACGGGCCGCCUGGGACUGGCAAAACGCUGUUUGCCAAGAAACUGGCGCUGCACUCCGGUAUGGACUACGCCAUCAUGACGGGCGGGGAUGUGGCCCCCAUGGGGCGGGACGGCGUGACGGCCAUGCACAAGGUCUUCGACUGGGCCAGCACCAGCCGGCGAGGCCUCCUGCUCUUCGUGGAUGAAGCGGAUGCUUUUCUCAGGAAGCGAGCGACUGAGAAGAUCAGUGAGGACCUCAGGGCCACCCUGAACGCCUUCCUGCACCGCACAGGCCAGCACAGCAGCAAGUUCAUGCUGGUCCUGGCCAGCAACCAGCCCGAGCAAUUCGACUGGGCCAUCAACGACCGCAUCGACGAGAUGGUCAGCUUUGAGCUGCCACAGCGGGAGGAGCGGGAGCGCCUGGUGAGAAUGUAUUUUGACAAGUAUGUUCUUAAACCGGCUACAGAAGGAAAGCAGCGCUUGAAGCUGGCCCAGUUUGACUAUGGAAAGAAGUGCUCGGAGAUUGCACAGCUGACAGAGGGCAUGUCAGGCCGGGAGAUCUCUCAGCUCGCCGUGGCGUGGCAGGCCAUGGCAUAUGCCUCUGAGGACGGGGUCCUCACUGAGGCCAUGAUGGACGCCCGGGUUCAGGAUGCCAUCCAGCAACACAGGCAGAAGAUGGAGUGGCUGAAGGCAGAUGGGAGCCAGCCGCCGGCCCCGCGCACAUAAGCUGAGUGAGCUGGCCUAGAUGCCCAGGCACACUGGCCAGGUGGCUUCAGCAAGAAGAAACACCGAGGUGCCCAAUCUCCUGGCAGUUUUCAUCUUCCUCGAUCAGGGGCGAGACAGUGUCAAAGGCCUCUGCUAGGGACCAGCUGCUGCUCAGGACCUGGGCAUCUUUAACGCGGGGUUGGUUCCUCUGCCCCCCACCUCCAAGCUGAUGCUGGCUGGGGCCACCCCCAGGACACCCUGGGAGAUAAGUCCCUUGGCCAAGCCCAGAUGGGGAGAAGGCACCAUUCCCCAUGCCCAGGGGCAGCAGCCAGGCUAGCAGCACUGCUUCCCAGCAGGUGCUGGGUGCUUUAGCUGUGAACAGCAGUGGCACCCUGGCCAAGGGAGGGGACCUGACUUUGCUGAGUCCCACCCAGGACCAGAACAGAGCCGUGAGCUGUUCUGCCGUGAGCAGAGCUGGUCCCUGUGCGGUCCAGCGGGGGUGCCCACCACUCUCCUCCGGAGAGGUGUGCCCUGUGUCUGUGAACCUGUAAACCUAGGGUUCGGGAACUAGCCCACCAAGACCUCAUGGCCAAGGAUGUCCAGCACAGGGGGACUGGCCAGCCCACAGAAGCCACAGCUCUCCCUGACUGGAGUUGGUGUCUUUUUAAUCUAGAAUCUAAUUAAAAACUGGCAGAUAUCA